ACGCGGAACGCCAUGGCGUCCGAGGGCGCGGACUUUGACAUGGACGAGUCCGAGAUUCUGUUUGGAUCGAACGCAGGAGGUAGCGACAGUGAUAGUGACGACGACGACAGCGACGACCCUGACGGAAUCGAGGGGACCUCGAUGGAAGCACGAAGCCGCCACAGCAAGCCAAACAAGUGUGGACCGGGGGCUGGCCCGAGCGAGAGAACGAAAGCACAACACCUCCCGCGCGUCGAAUCAUGGGCAGUGGAGAACAGGUCAUCGUCAAGAACAGUCAUGACGAAGCAGCACAAAUGGAAACAACAGAGCCAUUCGAUGCCCGCUCCGUCCAGUGGAUUUCACUUCGCCACAGCACAUCAGCGUCGACGGAACCACCAACUUGACUUUGACCACGACAGCAACGAUGGUGUGCCCCUUGGCAUGGAUCAUCCAGAAUCGAUUCACAUCCCGACAUCGUUUCGCCAGUCCUCGUACACCCACGGCGGCAUUCCCAUCCUCUCGUCGGCCCCCUUGCAUUGGCGACGGAAAUCGAUCGAAGAUUCCGACGACACGCAUUUCGUGCCGCCCCACCAAAUGGUCGAGCGCGACUGCUUCUCCCUCGGCAUGGGCCACUACUUCAGGCACAAGCCAGGCAACAUAUAGCGGUGGCGGGCCCACCAUAGACUACCAGAAAACCAAACCGCGAGGGCAGUUGACCAUCGCACAGGUCCACUCGGUUUCGUCCAUCGGCAUAUACGAUGGGUCGAACAACACUUGAGUUCUUCAAAGGCAAAGAGCCAAGUGCCAGCGGGCUGUACUGUCGAUAUAAAAGAGUUAUUAAGGUCACUUGUCGUGCAUUCUGUCUGCCGUUCGCACCAACGGGUGCUGCGGCACCCCUCGUACGAAAGGCGCUUCCACCA